AUGAGUUCCCUCGGUGAAGCAAUCAUCCACCUUGCAAUCGAUCUGUUCCACCAGAUCAGAAAAUCAAAGAAGGAAAACAUCUUCUAUUCCCCUUUCAGUAUCUCAUCAGCCUUAGCCAUGACUUACUUAGGGGCCCGAGAAAACACCGCAUCAGAAAUCCAGAAGGUCCUUCACUUCAGUGAAAUCACAGCCAACACAAAUGGAGGGGCCACAAAAGAUCCCGUUGAAAAGCCAGGAAACGUUCAUCAUCACUUUCAAAAGCUUCUGACAGAAUUAAAGAAAUCCACUGAUGCCUAUGAGCUGAGUGUCACCAACAGUCUCUAUGGAAGAAAAGAUUUUCCAUUUCUCCAGGAAUACAUGGAUAAUGUUCAGAAAUACUACCUGGCCAGUGUGGAAUCUGCCGAUUUUGUCAGUGCGGCAGAAGAAAGUCGAAAGAUGAUUAAUUCCUGGGUGGAGAGUCAAACCAAUGGAAGAAUCGAGGAUCUGUUUCCCGAAAACUCUCUUAGUGGCUCUGUACUGAUUCUGGUGAAUGCUGUCUAUUUCAAAGGGCAGUGGCAAGAGGAAUUUAAGAAAGAAAAUACUGUGCAGGAAAAAUUUUGGCUGAACAAGGAUACAAGCAAACCUGUGCAGAUGAUGAAACAAACCAAUCGUUUCAAUUUUGUGUCACUGGAGGACAUGCAAGCCAAGAUCCUGGAAAUACCGUACAAAGGCGGAGAGCUAAGCAUGAUGGUGCUGCUGCCCAAUGAAGUAGAUGGUCUGCAGGAGCUUGAAGAUCAGCUCACUGCUGAGAAGUUAAUAGAGUGGACGAGCCCACAGAAUAUGGGGAAGACACAAGUGGAUUUAUACCUGCCUCGGUUUAAAGUGGAAGAGAGCUAUGACCUCGGGCCCACACUGCAAGCCCUGGGGAUGGUGGACGCCUUCAAUGGCAUGGUCGCCGACUUCUCGGGCAUGACUGGGAGACAUGAUCUGGUGGUGUCGACGGUCGUCCACAAGUCCUUUGUGGAGGUGACUGAGGAGGGCACGGAGGCCGCGGCUGCUACCGGUGUGAGUGUUGGUAUUCGUGUCACAUCAGUCAUCUCAUUUCAUGAGAGUUUCCGCUGCGAUCAACCCUUCCUGUUCCUCAUCAAGCACAUCAAGACCAAAAGCAUCCUCUUCUGUGGCCGAGUCUCUUCCCCUUAG